CACAUUAAGUGUCUACAAAAUUUAUGAAAGAGGCCAUCAUUCGAAUACACAACAAGAUGCCAAAAUGGAAGUGCUUCAGAUACUGAGCUUACUAGUUAGUGCACAUAGUCUUUUGCGGUCUGCAGUAAAAAGGUAUUGACCAAUAUGUUGGGGAAAGUGAAAGGCGAUAUUGUUGUCAUUUACAUGACAAUAGGAAUCGCUUAUGUUCUAGUUAACAUAAAUGCAUCUUCUACCUACAUUGCACCAAGUAGACAGAUGUGGCCUGUAGAUCCACCAUACAUGUUAUAUAGACAGCAGCCAAAUUCUUUGAGAAAAUUCUAUUGGUACAAUGCCAGGACUCCAAUUUUAGUUGGAAAAAUGCGCCUAAAAAACUUUAUGCGUAAUAUCCACAUGCUGCCUAGAUAUGUACAUUCUCCUACACCAUAUGAUUUAUAUGGGUCUUCUAAAAGAAGCGUCUUCAGAAAAUUAAACACCAUUCCAACUACGCCCGCAACUACAACGGACUACAACCAGGGUCUGGUGGGCCUGGGCCCUGUCCACCCCUUUGUACCUCUGACGGCAGCAACGAUACCCAAUCCUGAAUUUUUGAAAGGCGUCGAGAAUAAGAGUAAUUUUUCGAACCUUUCAAAUGACGGCUGGUCGUCCUUGUGCCAAGAACGUGUAACAAAUACAGGUGCAAGAACAUCAGAUGAUUGUUACAAGAAUUCUUUCAAUCGUUUCCCAAGAGAGGAAUAUAGCUUAAAUAGCGUGGCAAGCGAUAUAGCACUUACAACAACUAGUCUUCCAUACUUAAACUACAUUACUCACACCUACUUUACCCUUGAUGAUGUAAUUCUACCGCGCUCUGGAAAUAGGUUCGCAGACAACUCGGCAAAAGAAACCAAUGAGUAUCGUAUGAAUCCAAUUAUUAUAACAACUGAAAUGCCCCCUGCCACUACGACUGAAGUUCUUCAGACCACAACGAAGGUGAUAACAACCACAGAAGCCCCGAUCCCGACACAACCAACAACGACUGUUGUUGAUGUCGAGUAUAGUAGCAGCGCGAAUCCAAUUAGCUCUACCGCUACAACAACCGAAUUCGCACUACUGUUUGAAAACUACAAAAAUUGGACAACAGCGCAAACAAUCAAAGAAAAGCCGUCUUUCCUGCCAAUUAUAACAACAGAAUCGUAUAAGCCCAUCCUAAAACCGGAAAAAGUUAGAAAAAAUAUGACAUCAAUAAUGCGGAGAAAAUUUAAAUCGCUUAAAUUAAAUUUCAAAACUAUUUUAACCACAAAAGAAACCCCGAAAUACCGAAAAAAUAAGACCGUAUUAGCUAGUAGUGAGAAUUAUAAUAAAUUAAAUGAAACUUCAACGUCAACGAUCCCCGCGACGGUCAGGACUCAUCCAAAGCGGACUUUUAGAAAAGUCCGCAUUAUACCGUCAACAACAAAAACACCCGCUCAAAUUCCACGCAGCACUACGGAAACAAGUAAUUUGAAACUGAAGCAUAAGAAGACAAGCAGGAUCUUUGAAAGACGCAAACACUUGAAUGCCACUAUUUUAAGCGAACCGCCAAAAAAUGUUACAAUUGAAAGUGAAAGCAGCAAGUUUAAACGUCGUUCAACUACUACAACGCGCAAGUCCAAGACUAUUGAAGAUACCGAACACGCAAACUCACGCAACUCAACAAAAUCGACCAAUAGUAACGGUCUUAGGUCACGGGCAGACGGAAUAAUGGAAGACAAAGCCUCGUUGGUCACAGAAUCAGCCAUUAUGACGAUAUCUAGCGGCAACAUUAAACUGAAACAACCAAUAUUGAAGCUUAAGUCACACCAACACAGCGGAAAAAAGAUAAAUUAUAUAGAAAAUGAUAGUGCAAUUCCGUCCCUUCCAAUUGAAGUUUAUUUUAAAAAAGUUAACCAACAAUGAGAAAACAGCUGAUUAUACCAAAAUAUUAAGGUUACAAUUAUACAUGUCAAUAUAUAAAAUUACAGAGAUAUU